UCAUCCGGUUCCCAUCAUUGGGCAGGAGAGGACAGAGGCCAGCCAAAAAAUAUCAAGCUCGAGCCAAUUCUACAGGGAGGUGAGGGAAGGAGGCCAUGUGGAGCUUGCCAAGUGCGAGCCUUGCCUUUUUGGAAGAAUCCCAAGCCAUGUGUUCCAUAAACAAAUAAUCAAUCCUACCUGGCUGUUCUCUUCUGCCCAAGCACACUGCCACCCAAUUAGGCAGACCUCUUCUUCUUCCUCCUCUUGCAGUGCUUCCCCGUCGCAGAUUGUUCGAACUGUUCGUAGUUUCUUUUUUUCGUUCUUGUAGAUUUCUUGGAAGCUCCUGGAGGGAAUAGAUGUAUGCGGCUACUGGUUGACUAGCAAGGCUGCAUCCAAUUCCUCCAGCUUCUUCCUACUGUUGUUGCUGCUAGCUGUUCGUCAGUCCAUGUAAGCCAAUUACUGGAUCAGUCAGUGAAUUCCUAGAUAGAUCCUAUGCCACAGGCUCUAGACACAAUUUUUCAGAUUUCUUGGUGAUGAAUUCCUAGAUAGAUCCCACUGUAUAGAGGCGUUUCUGCAAGAAUCACAGAGGUAUAUCCAUCCAUCUACUACCCUGUGGUUGCUCAGAUUCCUCUUGGGCAAGAAUCGCAGUGGAAUCUCCCGGCAAAGGACGAAAGGGAGACAAAAAGGAUCAAAGCUUUAGGCUUGCAAGCAAUCCCAUUUCGGUAGAGCUGAUAUCAAUCAGCAGCAGAGCAAUGGCGAUGGAACCUGUGGUGAAGGUUGCGCUAGGUUCUGCGGCGUUCGCCAUAUUCUGGGUGCUCGCGGUGUUCCCGGCGGUGCCGUUCCUGCCGAUCGGGCGCACGGCGGGCUCACUGCUGGGCGCGAUGCUGAUGGUGCUGCUGGGCGUGAUGAGCGCCGACGAGGCGUACGCGGCGGUGGACCUGCCGAUCCUGGGCCUGCUGUUCGGCACCAUGGUGGUCAGCGUCUACCUAGAGCGCGCCGACAUGUUCCGGCACCUGGGCCGCCUGCUCUCGUGGCGGAGCCAGGGCGGUCGCGACCUGCUCGUCCGCACCUGCGCCGUGUCGGCGGUGGCGUCGGCGCUCUUCACCAACGACACCUGCUGCGUCGUGCUCACCGAGUUCAUCCUCAAGAUCGCGCGCCAGAACAACCUGCGGCCCAAGCCUUUCCUCCUCGCGCUCGCGUCCAGUGCCAACAUCGGUUCGGCCGCCACGCCCAUCGGCAACCCUCAGAACCUCGUCAUCGCCGUCCAGAGUGGCAUCUCCUUCGGCCAGUUCGUCUUCGGCAUCCUCCCCGCCACGCUCGUCGGCUCCGUCGUCAACGCCGGCAUCCUGCUCUGCCUCUACUGGAACGACCUCGACGGCGGCAAGCCCACCGAGGAGGUCGUCGCCGUGCCCACAGAGGUCGUCGAGGAGGAGGACGUCACCUCGCACCGCUUCUCGCCCGCCACCAUGUCACACCUCUCGUCUUUGGGCUCCGAGGUCGUGGGCAGCGAGGUGUAUCACUAUCACGAGCCCGUCAAGCCGGACACUGCUGCCAACGGCAACGGCAACCACGACGACUACGCCAAGCAGCAGCAGCCUCCUGCCCCGACCGAGGGCAUCCACCACAGGCGCGGUGGCGCCGCGGCAGUCGGAGCGGUGAACGGGGCGGGGAAGGACGCGCACUCCUUCCGGUGGGUGGAGGAGAAGGAAGUACCCAUGGAGCCGUGGAAGAGCAAGCUCUGGAAGACGUGCGUGUACGUCAUCACCCUCGGCAUGCUCGUCGCGCUACUGCUAGGACUCAACAUGUCGUGGAGCGCCAUCACCGCCGCCCUCGCGCUUAUCGUGCUCGACUUCAAGGAUGCACGCCCCUGCCUCGAGAAGGUUUCCUAUCCUCUGUUGCUCUUCUUCUGCGGAAUGUUCAUUACUGUGGACGGCUUCAACAAGACCGGCAUUCCCAGCACAUUCUGGGAGUUCAUGGAGCCCUAUGCACGGGUCAAUACGCCGAGCGGAAUGGUCAUUCUUGCCCUUGUCAUUCUUUUCCUCUCGAAUGUGGCGUCAAAUGUUCCAACCGUUCUCCUGCUCGGCGCGCGUGUGGCGGCCUCGGCAGCGGCGAUCUCCCCGGCUGCAGAGACCAACGCCUGGCUCAUCCUGGCCUGGACGAGCACGGUGGCCGGCAACCUCUCCCUCCUGGGCUCGGCGGCCAACCUGAUCGUCUGCGAGCAAGCGCGCAGGUCCGAGCAGUACGGGUACACCCUCUCCUUUUUCAGCCACCUCCAGUUCGGCUUCCCGGCGACGCUCAUUGCCACCGGGAUCGGGCUGCUGCUCAUCAAAAGCUACUGAAACUGGAGCAAAGAAGAGCACACGCCAAUAUGGAUAUGUAUAGAAAAAAAUGUGAAUUUUUAUCGUCACAGUUGGUCUGGAUUUGUACAAGAUUCAUUGUUGGAUCGUCUUUCUGUUGCCUCCUAAUGAUGAGCACAGAUACCACGGUGCUUGCUUGGAGGCAUUUUGAGUUGUACAUUUAGCUCUCCUGCCGGUUCGUUUCAAUGUUGUACAUUUAGUAUUGAAAAAGUUGUAUAUUUUGUAGUAGCAGAUAUAACAUAAAAGGUGUAUAUCAUGCUCAGCAUUCUACGUGUAAGUCCAAUAUAUUGAAGUCGAAUAAUGUUUACAGCUAGGAAAUCGAGUGAAGUGUGUAUGCCACUGUUUUUGGUGUA